AUGUACAAACAGCAGGCCGAGUUGCCGGCCUGGAUGAAAAAGGGCCAGGAGAACAAGUACGACCGAUAUGGUGCCCGCCCAUCUGCACCCACGGCUCCAGAAGCCGAAUCCAACGACAAAUAUUCAAAAUACAGAGUGAACGAGGACGACCGAGCCAACAGAAUAAGACGUGAAGGCACCGCUAAGCGUGACCGUGACCGCAGUGAAGAGCCUGAAGUGUUGGCCUACAAGAACUUGAAGGUAACAAAUCCUGCCAACUCAUACUACCAGACAUUUCAGAGCAACCUCAAGCGAGACGAAAAGGAUGUCAACUCAAUAAUCAGAACUCACUACAAUCAACGAACAUACCAAUCCAAGUACCAAGGAAACCGGACCAAGUCGCCCAUUAUCAAGCUCCGUAACUUUAACAAUAUCAUCAAGUACAUUUUGCUUGGAGAGUUCUGCAAGCCGGUUGCUGCAGGUGAAGGUCCGUUCCGAGUAUUGGACUUGUGCUGUGGAAAGGGCGGAGACUUGAACAAAAUGGAGUUUAUCAAGGUAGACGAGUAUGUGGGGAUCGACAUCAGUGAUGCUUCAAUUCGCGAGGCGUAUAGCAGAUACGAAAAGAAUAAGGUUAGGUUCAAAAGCAACUUUGGUGGUGGCUCUCACAGGGACAGCAGAAAGUAUAAUUUUCAGAGUUUCUUUGCUACAGGUGACUUAUUCAACUACUCGAUUCCUGACAUCUUGGAGCCUAACUUCCCUGGUAUCAUUGAUAAUGUGUUUCCAGUCGAUGCAGUGUCCAACCAGUUUUCUCUUCACUAUGCGUUUGAGACCGAAGAUAAAAUCAGAUGCCUCAUAAACAACGUUGCCAAGUCCCUCAAAACAGGGGGUAAAUUCGUGGGGACGAUCCCAUCAUCUGAUUUUAUCAAGUACAAGGUGAAGAAGGAAAUGAGGCCGGAGGAUACGACGUUUGCCUUUGGCAAUGAGCUUUACCAGGUCAAGUUCCACGAAAAACCUCCUGCUGAUGGUGACUUCAACACCAGCCCGUUUGGAAAUGGCUACAACUACAGCUUGACUGAUGCUAUUGACGACGUACCGGAAUAUGUGGUGCCAUUUGAGACCCUCAGGCGAAUCUGUGAAGAUAACCUGCUUGUGUUGAAAGUGAAGAAGGAUUUCAUUGAGUUUUUCAACAAGGAGAUCCCCAAGUAUUUCAAGAGGCUUAACAACAACUUGAUUCAGAGUAUCAAGCGGUCGGACGGUAAAUAUGGCAUUGAAGGACUUGAACGUGAAGCAAUUGAGUUUUAUCUUCUUUUUGUGUUUGAAAAGGCCUAA